UACAAACAUUCAAACAACAUUUUUUUUUAUAUAUGGGAGAGCAUAAAACCAGGAAAAAAAAAGAGCUUAAAACAACAAGGCGUGCUUUGCGUUUUCAACUCUUUAAUUAAAGAAGAGUUUUGUGGGAGUUGUUAAAAAGUUGCGACUUAGUAGAAAAGGAUUCAAAGCAGAAGAGCUUUAAAUGUGUCCAGAUUUUGGUCUAUUGUUGGUUUCAUAGGUGUUUCGAGACAUUAAAAAAGGUUGUUCUUUUUUGGUGUUUACCUUAAAAUUUUCAAUAUCUUUUUGGGGUUUCUUCUAAACGAAAACAAUGGAGUGGCAUGCUUGUCUCGAUGAAUAUCAAAAGCUUGUUAUUCGGAUGAGUACUCCCAGGGUGGUAAUCGACAAUACCGUUUGUCGCACAGCGACAGUUGUUAAGGUUGAUAGUGCUAGAAGACAUGGAACAUUGUUAGAUGCUGUUCAGAUUUUAACAGACCUUAAUCUUUCAAUUAAAAAGGCUUACAUUUCAUCAGAUGGCCAGUGGUUCAUGGAUGUUUUUCAUGUGACUGAUCUAAACGGAAACAAAUUAACCGAUGAGAGUGUUAUUAGUUACAUUGAACAGUCACUUGAGACCACUUAUCCUGAUAAAAGCCUUGGAUUUAAUGGCUUAACAGCGUUGGAAUUGACUGGAACAGAUAGAGUUGGUCUUUUGUCUGAAGUAUUUGCUGUUUUAGCUGAGUUCCAAUGCAAUGUGGUGGAUGCUAAAGUAUGGACUCACAACGGUCGGAUUGCGUCUUUAAUCUAUGUAAAAGAUUGUAAUUCAGGGUCCCCGAUCGAGGACUCACGACGAAUCGACAGGAUUGAAGCACGUUUAAGGAAUGUUUUGAGAGGGGACAAUGAUAUUCGUAGUGCGAGAACUUCAGUUUCUAUGGAUGUAACACACACUGAGAGAAGGUUACAUCAAAUGAUGUCUGCAGAUCGUGACUAUGAAUGGAAGCCUGAUUUGCAAUGUUGGACGGAUUUGCCGGUUGUCAAUGUACAAAAUUGGACAGAAAGGGGUUAUUCAGUCGUGAAUGUUCAAUGUGAGGAUCGGCCUAAGCUUCUGUUCGAUGUUGUUUGCACAUUGACAGACAUGGAAUAUGUUGUGUUCCAUGCCUCUAUUAACACAACUGGGGAUAAAGCAUAUCUGGAAUUUUAUAUUAGACACACGGAUGGAACCCCAAUUAGUUCGGAACCAGAAAGGCAUCGACUGAUCCAAUGCUUACAAGCUGCAAUCGAAAGGAGAGCAUCUGAGGGCAUCAGGCUUGAGUUAUGCACAUCAGAUAGGCAAGGUUUAUUAACCGAUGUGACCCGAACGUUCAGAGAAAAUGGACUGAAUGUGACAAGGGCUGAAAUAUCAACCGCGAUGGGCGUGGCAAUGAAUGUUUUUCAUGUAACCGAUGCGACCAGGAACCUAGUAGAUCCCAAAAGUAUUGAAUCUGUAAGACAAAAGAUCGGCUUAGGUAACUUGAAGGUGAAGGAACUACCAUUUAGGCAUCAUCAAAUGGCUGAAAGGCAGGAUGAACACGAAAUCGGGGUUGGCGGGGCGGUUUUGUUAUCGCUUGGGAGCUUAGUGAGAAAGAACCUAUACAAUUUGGGGUUGAUUAAGUCCUAUUCUUGAAGGUGAAAACUCCAUGGUAGGGGAAAUUUGGUUGAAGAAAAUAGGCAUAUUCUUUUGCUCCAGUUUUUGGGGUUGAUAGCGGUAAAAAUAUCAUAAAGACCUUCAUAUAUAUACGAGUCAGAUUGCAUUUUAACUCUUCUACUUAAAAAAUUGGACAAAUUAGUCUUUUUUGUUAAAAUAUUCUUCUAUUUGUACUGUUUAAAAUUAGCAUACAUGACUGAAAAAUCAAACAGUGGCACAUGAUGUGCCAUAUGAACAUCAUGUUGAUGCACAAAAAUCUUAUAACAGUAGAAAUGAAUGAAAAAUUUAACAAAAGGAUUAUUUUACUCUUUGAUUUAACUUAUAUGAAUUAAUUUGUUCAAUUUUUGAAUUUAGAGAGUAAAAUGUAAUUUAUCUUAUUCUUGGGAUCUCCAUAGUAAUUUUAACUGUUUAUAGCCUUUGUGUAUGUGAAAAUGGUGGAAUUUGGUGUUAUUUGUUGCCCACAAUGGUUGCUAAGAGUUAUUGUUUGGUAGUAAAGGGAAAAAAAUGGUAUAGGUGGUGGAAAAAUCAUGGUUUGUAAUGGAUAACAUUUGUACAUAAUGACUUUCAAGUAUUAACUAUAAUGGUUGACUUUAUGUUAUAAAAUAUAUUCUUUUUUGUA